AUGCUAAGUUAUUUUCCAGGCGCCAACCAAGGUAUUGGCCUUGGCCUUGCGCACAAAUUUUUUGAAGAAGGAUGGGAGGUUUUUGGAUCAGUGAGGCCGCAAACUAUCAACAGCCCAUCACUUUCAGAUCUCCGCAAAGUUGCCUCUAAGAUUUUCGAAAUUGAUUAUCUGGACGAGAGUCUAAUCGCUCGGGCCGCUCGCGAAUAUGGCGAUGGGCCGUUGGACUGCCUAGUAAACUGUGCAGGCGUGAGCCAAGGACCUGAACUAUGGCAGGAAUAUGACAGCCAAAUAUUGACGGAAUGGUUUCGGAUCAUGGUAGUCGGACCAUUCCUGACGACUAAGUACUUUGAAUCGAACCUCGAAAAAAGCGAAUUUGGUGGGAAGCUUGUCAAUAUCUCUUCACCACUGGGAUCUAUUAGCGAAAACUAUCGAGGCACGAAGUUUGGGUACAAGAUAGCUAAGGCCGCUCUUAACCAAGAGACGCGGACUAUCGCAAUGGACCUGAAAGGGCGCAAGAGUAGUAUUAGUGUCAUGGCAAUUGACCCUGGAGCGGUUCCAACGAGUCUCUCGAGAUGGAGAGGUAAUAUCACGGUCGAGGAGUCUUCAAGUGGAAUCUACGCUGUAAUUGACCGGGUGGGAGUUUCCGAGACAGGCGGAUUUUGGAGUUGGAACGGCGAAGAAUACCCUUUCUGA